AUGGACCAUACACGGGAGAACAUUUCAGACACCAUGAGCUGUAUUCACACGGUGCAGCAGUUCUGCGACAUACACUCACAAUGGCUCCUACAUAGAGAGUCUGAGCUGAAGAGGAUGCGAGACAUCACUGACAGAGCGGAGAAGAUCAACUUCACAGCUGACCACAUCCUAAAAUCUAAAAACUGUCUGAAGGCCUUCGGGGAGUAUAUGUGGAGCAAGGUGACCCAGGGGACUGCGGAGAGCAGGGCCCAGGAGCUGGAGAAGGAGCUGGGAUGCCUGCUCCAAGACACCUUGAAGGGGCUUGAGAAGCUGACCCCGUUACUGGAGGCUGUGGAGAUGCUGGCGGUCACGUCGCUCUCUGUCUUCGAGGAGGAGAAUCCGGUGUGCCAGCUCCCUGAGGGGGUGAGCGCUGAUGCCGUUCGUUCAGUCAUCACCGCCACCAGGCGAGCCUGUCCCCUUUUGAUCCAUUUCAAGAGAGACGACAGCGAAUUCUUUAUGCCCAGCCUGGUGAACGUGGACCUGCUGACUUUCCAGCUGGAGAACUACUUGAAGGUUUCCCAGGAGUUGUGUGAGAAGCUCCAGAUAAGAUUAGACCGGCACUUCAGGAUGACCUACCUGUUCAGGGGAUCAGCCCAGCGGUUCAUCGGCCUGUUCAGCCAGCGCUGCUCCAGGAUGAAGCAGUUCCUGGUGGAUCUGGAGGAAGAAGCUGUGCAGCUGGACAGGAUGAAGAUGGGGGCCAGCAUCUCCAGCGUGGCGGGCAGCAGUGUGGGCCUCGUGGGAGGCAUUGCAUCCAUCGUGGGCCUGGCUCUGGCCCCUUUCACGAUGGGGGCAUCGCUGCCCCUCACGAUGGUCGGCACGGGAUUGGGGGUCACCAGUGGCGUGAACAGCAUAAUUACAGGUAUCACCGAAUGUUCGGUCAACGCUCACCACGGAAAGAAGAUCAAGGAAAUCUUCCAGAGCUACUUUAAAGACGUGGAGACUAUGCUGGAGUGUCUGGAGCAAGCGGCCAGGUGCAUUAUACCCAACACAGUGCCAGAUGUGCUGGAUGUUGCGACAGAGACUUUUGCCAGAACCACAGGUGGCGUGGCUAAAGGGAUAGAUGUCUUAGUGGAUUGUGCUUCUGCCGUAAAGGUGGUCAGAGCCAAAGAGGUGGCCUCGAGUGCAGUCAAGGUGGUGACUCAGGAAGUCAAAGUUGCCCGAAACGUCCCUAACAUGGUGGCUGAUCUCACCAAUAUCAGGCAGUUGACUAAGGGCACUCCCCUCGCCCUAAGCAAGUAUGCCAGGGUGGGGUCCAUUGCCUUCAACUCCUUCUUCAUCGGCAUGGACCUCUUCUUCAUCUGCAAGGACAGCAUCAGCCUGGCCAAUGGGGACAAGAGCGAAGUGUCAAAGGUCAUCCGCAGGAGGGCCAGUCUGUGGAAGACCGAGCUGGAUGCAUGGGAGAAGAUCCAUCGCUCUCUGUGCGUUGGGAUAUGGAGGUUCAGAAGGAGUAAGGAGGUCCUACGGAGGCCAUUUUACCAGAGGAUGCUGAAAGGAGGGAAACCAGGAAGUGAAAAAUUGGAGUGGGGGCCUGAAGAGGAAGAGGGCUUCACUGGAUUAAAAGAGCAGUUGUCUCCUUUCGCCUGCCAGAUGCAGAAAAGCUUUUCCACCUACGGUUCUGGGUGGGAGAACUGA